AUGACUAACGACCAGGAGCUGGAGCUGGACGAACGCUUUGCAUCUCAUGAACCAUUGCUAGGACUACAUGAUGCACCAAGUAAACAGAAGGAUGAGAAGAAGAAGAAGAAGACAAAGAUGUACUAUUUUCGUCGCUUUAUGACCGUCUCAGGUGCUGUUUUCCUGCUCUUAUACGUCAGUUAUCGUGCCGUCUCGAGCCAAAUGUCUCGUGUCGCUGCUAAAGCCAUUGAAGACACAGUGAUGAACAUUGAACAGAUGGAGCUGAGUCAUCCAGAAUCGAAUUUUGUGACGUUAAAUCUACGUCUGAGUCUUAUUGCCAUGUCUUCAUUUCCUGCGAUGAUAGACGCUACGACGUUUGCCAUUGGAUACAAAGACGUUCUCGUUGGAAGCUUUCAAGCCCCUGUAAUGCACAUUCGUCACGGUAUAAAUGAACAAGUUUUUCCCCAUUCAAUGCUUGAGAUUCAGGACAAGAAGGCGUGGGACCAGUUUGCAGGAGACAUGAUGAGACUCUCACAGAUCCAGUACGAGAUUCGUAGUACACUGACCAUCCAUGUUCAAAUGCUGGGAGGACUUGUGACAUUGAGUGCCUCGGGUAUUCCGUUGCAUAAGACGAUGACGUUUAAAGGGAUGGAUGGACUGCAAGACAUGCACAUUGCUCAGGUAAACAUGGACAAUUCGACGCAAAAACAGGUGUUAGCAAGUAUCAAGACGUGCGUUCACAACCCAUCAAUCACGACGAUUCGACCAGUGGGGGCACUAUGUCUCCAUGCUCAUUAUCCACGAGUGGGGAAGGGUACGUUGGUGGCACACUUGAAGACAUCGGCGAACACGAGUUUAUCAAUUGCUAACGGACAACCGUCGCACCCGUUUUGCGCGUCGCUACAGGGGACGAAAGAUAUGCGCAAGGGGUAUAAUUUGCUUGUAUUGCAGGGAGAAAUGCUAGGUGUGAACGUGGAAGCGAUUAGCGGAUUGAUUGCCAAGUAUUUGAGCAAUGUAUCGGCAGCACUUACGGUCGUAACGUGUGACCCUCAGGCAACAUCGGUGAGCUUGUACAACCAAGCAAUGAAGAAUUUGACGAUCAAGAGUUCGUUACCACCGCAAAAAGAUCCGCUCGUUGGGAAUAUGUUUCUACGCGACAUUUCCUUGCAUUCUCCGGUAAAAGGCAAGGAGAAUGAUACCGUACGGCUUGAUACGGCAGUAUUGGUAGAGGCAACCAGUCCGUUGGGACCUAAUUCGGUAUUGACGAUCACGGAUGUGCACAUGAACGUGAGUCUUAUCAGUGCUGGUAUUGCUCUAGGAACGCUAUCAACGAUGUCAGUUGAUAUUAUUGACGGAGAAUUAGUAGGCCGAAGCAAUAUUUCAGUCAAGUGUUUGACAAAGCUUGACUUUGCGGAAAGAGGAAAGGCCUUUGGUAGGUUCGUUCGGGCGUCCGUUGUGGAAGAAAAGGUUCCGCUGACGCUUGCUGGAAAUAUGAAUGUGGUGUGCCAAGGAGCGCUAGGAACGAUAAAGCUGUUUGGCUUGCCUCUCCGCACUACCGCUUUGUUAAGCGGAAUGAAUAACUUCAAAGAUGUGACAGUCCAGAGUUUUAGUCUACCAGGAACUGGUAACACGACAGAGCAUGAUGAACUGAUUCAGGCUAAAGUUGAAAUUCGCAAUCCAUCUGUUUUCACAGUAUCUAUCGGCACAUUCUCGAUGGAUUUGAGUUUGAAUGCAUCCCGAGAAAAGUUUGGGGAACUUCAUGGCACGAUGAAUCUAGCCCCUGGAAGGAAUACGCUGGAAAUGAACGGCCACUUGAAGCCGACUCUGGACGCAGCAGGCCAAGUGAGUGAUGCCGUGGCCGGAUUUUUCUCUAGCUAUCUUAACGGAAAAAGCUCGCAAGUUGUUGUUGACGUCUCAGGCACGCAGUAUAGCAAUUGCGUCUGGAUGCAAGAGGCUUUGGUAGGAUUAUCGAUUGGAACUAGAUUUCCAGGAGUCGGAAAGGGCUUCCAGAUGAUCUCGAAAAUUAAAAUGAACCAGCUUGACGUAAUAUUGGACGAAUCUCCUCCGGGUGAGAGAGGGUUAGUGACCAAUACGCGCAUGCAGGUUCGCACAGAUAUGAAAGCGAAGGUAAAAAUGCCAAAUGCCAUUGGCAUUCCAUUGCAAAUCUCGAAUCUAUCCGUUGCGCUUAGCCUCGAGAAUGAAAAUCGUCAGCACCUCGGCACAUUAGUGUCUGCCCGUGAAUCCUGUGAAUUUAAUCAGACGGAUGAUGGUGCAUUUCUUUUGAAUAUGAGCCACUAUUAUUCAAUUGGUUUUAGUGAUUACGAUGACGUCCGUGGAAUGUCUGGUUUUAUUGAGAGCUUGCUUACGAAGAAUGAAAGCAUUAUGAUGCGACUGAAAAGCGACGCCAGUGCGAACCAAGGAGCGUUCCCUGAUGUUGGAACAAGAAUGGGGAUGCUUGCUCUUCGUAACAUUCCGGUUGACGGCGAACCGUUGAUUUCAGCAAUGGAUUCUUUUUGCCACCCACCAGUCAAAAUUCUUAGUAUCGACAUUCGCCAAGGGUCUAAGUUGUCGAUGAUGAUGUCGAUGGAGUUUACUCUGCAAAAUCCCUCUAUUGUGCAAGCAAAGCUGGGUUCACUCGUGCUAGAUGUAUAUUUUGAUGGUGCGCGAAUGGGUUCUGCAACGAUGUUGGACUUUAGUCUGAACUGCUGCGGCAAACCGACAAUUCUCCGAGGCAGUUUUGAAUACAAACCGUUGCCAAGCGAUCUUGCUACUGCAGAAAGGUUCCUGUCGAACUUUGUGUGCGGUUACUUCACGCACGGGUUUUCUCAGAAGAUUAUCAUCAGAGGAUCCGCAGAAAGCACGCCGCUCGAUCUACUUCAGCCGGCGAUGAAGGCUCUUUCGAUUCCCACCAAGCUGCCUGUUUUAGCCGAGCUGUUUCCAUCAACGCCGACCCUUGUCACUUCAUCGUUGUUGUACAUACCUUCAAUUUUCCAUCUGACACGCAUCCCGACAUCUUUGGAGCUUCGGAAUCCGUUCAGUGAAAGCAUCAUGGUGACAGCACUUGACAUGGAGCUGUACCCUUGUGAAGACCAGAUUUUAGGUGAUGACGGCAAACUGGUGUGCAAGAAAUACUUUGACGACUCUCUGGCUCGGUUCGCUCCUGCGGAUUUCGACCCAAUCUUUAUCCCCGCAAAUACUAAUGGUUGCUUUUCAUGCUGCCAUGGCUCACACUGCGGCGAUCAUGUGGCGUUGUGUCCACAUGCAUCAGCUAGUCAGUGUAUGAAUGCUGACAUGCAGAACUUCUUGAGUCCAGAGGCCAUUGCGACGAUAAUCCAUUCACUUUCAGGAGGCUUGCUGAUGAGAGUGAACGGUACAAUUAGAGCGUCGAUCGGUGACUAUGAUACGCGUCUAUGUUACCAACAAGAUGAUCUCUUUGUCGCGAUAGCCAAUUUGUGCAUUUAUUUGAUCGAUUGCAACAACGAUGAUGACGGAGCUUAA